AAAACACAUUCUCGAACUAACCAUCAUGUCUCAUCCGACCACAAAAAUCUACACACUUCAUGAUUUGGCUAAAAUAGCACUUGGAGCGCCCGAAUUAACAAAUGACCAUUUAAGUGUACUUCAAAGUCUCUUGAUUAUUCUGCUACAAAAGCUUAAUUGCCAUAAUGAAAGUGUGCGUAUUCAAGGAUUUCCAGCAAAAUGUAUGGAAAAACUAUUAAAGGAGACAGCCAGCAGCUGCCAUUAUGAUUUUCAAUUGAGCACAGUAAAAGGAUUUCAAGAAAAAUAUGAAAUUUUGGAACAGCUAGAAAGAAAAACGGAAGAAAUUGACAUAAAACUGGAAGAACAUUUUGAGCAAAUACGCAACUGCCACAAAACUAAUUUAUUUGAUGUUACAAUGUGGGAUUUCUAUGCGGCCUCCAAUGAAGAUUUGUGCACUCUCUAUAUGCAACGCAAUAAAGAGUUUUGUUUGUUGGCCCGGAAUACGGUUUUUAAUAAAGAGUUGCGCAGCCGUGUGUCCAACUUGAUGGUGGAACGUUUAAAGGAAUUUGAGGCUAAAAUAGAGGGCAUGCAAAACAAGCUUAAAGAAACCAUCGAACUGGCUAACAAGUCUGCUGAUAUGCAGAAGUUUAUUGAAGCCAUAGUGAAAGAUAUUGAAAAUAUGCGCCGGUCUUUGGAUAAAAACAGUGACAAGUUCCGUGAAGCCAUGUUGGAAACUCAGGAAAUGUUAAAUUGUAAAUUAGAUCGUGUGACCUUGCCGGCUUUAAAAAAAUAUCUAGAUCAACGUUAUGAUGUUAUUAAAGAACAUUUAAAAAUGCUUCAAAAGGAGUCAAGUAAAUGUCAUAGCACAAAACCUCUUGCUAUGGAAAAUAAAAAGACAUGUCUGUCUUGUGGUCGUAAUAAGGAAUUAGAAUUAUCAAAAUUUCAGCCUUUAAAAACAAUUGAUGAUGCUAAUAAUAAAUGUUUUUGCAGCAAUUUAUUGAAAGAGCCCACGAUUUUAGAGAAAAUGGAUAGAAUGCAAAGGUCCGUAGAUAAAUUGAGGGCUUCAUCUGCAACACCUGCUUCCUCUGCUCAACGUUUUUCUAGAGAGAGUGCUGAAAAGAGAAAUCAAUUGAGAUUGCAAAGUCAUGGUAUUCUCACAAAUUAUGGCAGCUCGAGUAAGUUUCCAAAACAAAAUUCAAAUACUGUAUCCGCUAUGAAAAGCUCUAUUAAGAAACAACAACAACCGAUAGCUGAACAUCAAUCGGAAAAAUCUCAGAGCUUUGGAGCACUAAAUUCCAAACAUAUAGUUACUCCUUUACAUGGUGAAAGCGCCAUGAACAUACAGAUGAUAAGUAGACAAAAUUCAAAAUCUAGAUCGGUACGUUUGAGUUCAAUGCAUUCUGGAAAAUAA